AUGCUGCACUCACUGAACGCACUCGCCGGCAAAAUAUCGCCGGGCGGCGGCCUGGACACGAACGCGAAUCGCCACACGCACCCUAACAGGAACCAUAAGAUGUCAUCGCCGUCUUCGCCCUACUCCAAACCUAAUGGGAUGAUGAGCAUCAAUAACAACAACAAUACAAGUAUAAACAACAAUAACAACAACAACAAUGACGAGAAGUCCGAAAUGCCAGACCCAGACUACAUUAAGAUGUUCGUGGGGCAAGUACCGCGGAGUAUGGACGAAAACGACCUGCGACAAAUGUUUGAGGAAUUUGGCCGCGUACAUCAGAUCAACGUGCUACGGGAUAAAAUCACAGGCGCCAGUAAAGGGUGCUGUUUUGUGACGUUUUUCACGCGCAAAGCGGCAUUGAAAGCUCAGGACGCUUUGCACAAUAUCAAAACGCUAACCGGGAUGCACCACCCUAUCCAGAUGAAACCGGCUGACAGCGAGAACAGAAAUGGUGAGUUGAUUUAA